GCCUGGCGCUGCGGCUCGCUGGCGUCAGUAGGGCCGCGGCCGGAGGAGGAGGCGGAAGAUGGCGGCGACGGCCGGGCAUCCGUGAGGAGCGCGGCGGCGACGGCGAGCACGGCUAAUGACGGCCGGGAGGCGCCCUCGGGGACCCGCGGGCCGCUAGGUCGCGCCGGUGGGCGGCAUGUCGGAGCACGCGGCGCCCGCGGCCCCGGGGCCCGGGCCCAACGGCGGCGGCGGCCCGGCCCCCGCGCGCGGGCCUCGCACCCCCAAUCUGAACCCCAACCCCCUCAUCAACGUGCGCGACCGGCUCUUCCACGCGCUCUUCUUCAAGAUGGCUGUCACCUACUCGCGGCUCUUCCCGCCCGCUUUCCGCCGUCUCUUCGAGUUCUUCGUGUUGCUCAAGGCGCUGUUUGUGCUCUUCGUUCUGGCCUACAUCCACAUCGUCUUCUCUCGCUCGCCCAUCAACUGCCUGGAGCACGUGCGCGACAAGUGGCCACGCGAGGGCAUCCUGCGCGUCGAGGUGCAGCACAACUCGAGCCGUGCGCCCGUCUUCCUGCAGUUCUGUGACGGUGACAGCCGCAGCAGCUUCCCUGGCCUGGCCAUGGAGCCAGGCAGCAGCCUCGAGCUGGAGGAUGAGGAGGAGGAGGAGCUGACCAUGGAGAUGUUUGGGAACAGCUCCGUCAAGUUUGAGCUGGACAUCGAGCCCAAGGUGUUCAAGCCUCCAGGCAGCACCAAGGCCCUGAACGACAGCCAGGAGUUCCCUUUCCCCGAGACACCCACCAAAGUGUGGCCGCAGGAUGAGUACAUCGUGGAGUACUCCCUGGAAUAUGGCUUCCUGCGGCUCUCCCAGGCCACACGGCAGCGCCUGAGCAUCCCAGUCAUGGUGGUCACCCUGGACCCCACGAGGGACCAGUGCUUUGGGGACCGCUUCAGCCGCCUGCUGCUGGAUGAGUUCCUGGGCUACGAUGACAUCCUCAUGUCCAGUGUGAAGGGCCUGGCGGAGAACGAGGAGAACAAGGGCUUCCUGCGGAACGUCGUGUCCGGCGAGCACUACCGCUUUGUGAGCAUGUGGAUGGCGCGGACGUCCUACCUGGCUGCUUUCGUCAUCAUGGUCAUCUUUACGCUGAGCGUGUCCAUGCUGCUGCGCUACUCGCACCACCAGAUCUUCGUCUUCAUCGUGGACCUGCUGCAGAUGCUGGAGAUGAACAUGGCCAUCGCCUUCCCCGCAGCGCCCCUGCUGACCGUCAUCCUGGCCCUCGUCGGGAUGGAGGCCAUCAUGUCUGAGUUCUUCAACGACACCACCACGGCCUUCUACAUCAUCCUCAUUGUGUGGCUGGCCGACCAGUACGACGCCAUCUGCUGCCACACCAACACCAGCAAGCGGCACUGGCUGAGGUUCUUCUACCUGUACCACUUCGCUUUCUACGCCUAUCACUACCGCUUCAACGGGCAGUACAGCAGCCUGGCUCUGGUCACCUCCUGGCUCUUCAUCCAGCAUUCCAUGAUCUACUUCUUCCACCACUACGAGUUGCCCGCCAUCCUGCAGCAGAUUCGCAUCCAGGAGAUGCUACUGCAGACCCCACCCUUGGGCCCUGGGACCCCCACAGCACUGCCCGACGACCUCAACAACAACUCCGGCACCCCGGCCGCCGUCCCCGACCCCACCGGCCAGCCCCCUGCCUUGGGCUCUGGCUUGCAGGGUGCCGGCGGGAGUCCUGGGCCUGUGGCCGCAGCACCCAGUUCCCUGGUGGCUGCGGCAGCUUCGGUAGCUGCAGCAGCCGGUGGUGACCUGGGCUGGAUGGCAGAGACGGCCGCCAUCAUCACUGAUGCCUCUUUCCUGUCUGGCUUGAGUGCUUCCCUCCUGGAGCGGCGGCCGACCAGCCCCCUGGGCCCUGGUGGGGGCCUCCACCACACCCACCCACCCACCCCCCAGGACAGUGUCCCCCAGAGUGACUCCUUGGCACCUGACACAACCCCCCCAGCGGCCACAGGGAGUGCACCCAGCCUGGCGUCCACAACCCCAGUGGACGCACCCUUGGAGGUUGGGUCCUGAGCCACCACCGGCAGCUGAGCCGCCUCUGUCCCUGGCUGUCCUCAGCCGGCUGGGUGUGACCUCGCCCAUGGGGGUGGGGGAGGCUGUCCCCGGUGGGGGCACCAGGGCCCUCCCCCUUCCUCUGGGCCUGCCCAGCCUGUUUUGGAGGUUUCAGGAUUUCAUCAGGUUUGCCCGGAAGGUGGGGUCUCUCUCCCACCUGUGGGGUCUGGCCUGGGGCUUGUCCCUGCCACUGAGGAGAGGGGGUGGGGGCUCCACGGAAGGUUCUAGAAGGGGCUUGGUGAAAGGUCUGGAGCAAACCAUCCAGAGGGCAGAGCCAGAUAGUGCAGGUCUGUGAGGUGGACACGAGGAGGGCAGGCAGCCACGACCUCCUGCUGUCCCAGCCUCAGGGCUCUGCCUGGUGCUCGUGUGCAGUGCCUUCUCCACACCCGGCCCCUUCUCCACGUGCACGCCAGGCUUGGGGUCCCUGGGAGAGCAGAACUUGUGCCUCAGGCACGGGGAUGUGGGAUGCAGGCGCCAACAUCAGUGCAGGGCUGGGAGUCGGGGUCAGCCCUGCUCAGGGUGGGAGUGGGCCAGGCGGCCAAGCCAAUCACUCGGUGAGGACUGCAGAGGCGCACUCGUUCCAUUCUAUUUAAUUGCUGUGUACAAAAUUUGUGUUUGUAUAUAGAAUAAACUGUUGACAGCG